CCAUUUUUUGAAAGGUUUAAAAACCCAGGAGACAAGUGAGAUAUUUGUUGAUGUGACUGUCGCCCGAAGCAAAUUCAGAUUUUAAAUAAGACAAGGGAAUACAAAUUUAAUAUAUUGGGGAAUUAAAUAAUAUUUGGCUGUGCUUACAGAGCCAGUGUCCAUCAAAUUGUGCUCAAAAAAUUAUUUAAUUUGCCCAUCACGCAGAAAAAGUCUUGCUUCUGUUGUUAAUUAAUUAUGAGACUAAAGCUGCAGUGUUAGCAAAAUUUUUAAGGCUUCAAUUUUGCAUGUAGAACUCUGCCUUUGUGGUGCACUUGUUGGCUAUCAAUGUUCUUAUGUAUCAAAAUGUUCAUGUAAACAACUAUAUGAAACUCAAUCAAGAUUCACAUCAUUGAUCAGUCGUUGUUUUUAUUAUUUUAAUUUUUUUUACAGACGUAACUUUAUAACAGCUGGUGUAGCAGCAGGAGUCUCUGCUGCUUUUGGUGCCCCAGUGGGAGGGCUGCUGUUCUGUAUGGAAGAAGUUUCUUCCUUCUGGACGAAAACAUUAGCCUUGCAGAUCUUUUUCUGCUGCAUCAUAGCAACAUCCACAUUUGAUAUUUUUAACUCCGC